UGGCAAGUGGCGACUCAUGAGCAGACCCCAUAUUUGUCAUUUUCCUUUUUCUUUUUUCCGUAACCUAAACUUAUCUCUUUCUUUCUCUCUUUCUUUUCUUUUUCCUUCUCUUUCUGUUGUUCUCCGUAGUCCAUAGUUUUUUUUUGUUUUGUUUCAGCCAAGCACUCUUCUUCUUACUGUCCUCAAUUUUCCCUUUCUUUCUCUUCUCAAUUCUCGCAUUUUUCUUUAUUUUUCCUCUUCCAAUUCUUCUCGAAUUUUAACUGUGUCUUGUCCAUUUAUAUUUGAUAUUAAGGGGGAAAUCAUGAUCAUUGAGCCAACAUGUAAAUUUUCCCCCUGUUAUUGUUAUUGUAUGGAACCCAUCAAUGCAAAUCUGGAACUGAAUUGAUUGUCUUCUUUUUUUUUUUUUUUUUGCGUACAAAACUAAAUUUGCUAAAAACCGAUACUUUUCAUGCGAUUCUGUCAUAACCGAAGGAAAUAACAAGAACCCAUUUUUCUUAAUGUGGUGUUAGGAGCCAAAAAAAAAAAAAAACUCCAAAAGACAAAAAGAAAAAGGGAAGAAAGGAUUGAUAGUUUUUUAUGGCGGCGAGGAAGAUUCAGGAGAAGCUGUCAAAGAAGGAAGUGAUAGACCAAGUGCAGAAAUGGGGUGGGAUGAUGCAGACGGGUGUGAGCCUGAGGUAUAUGAUGGAGUUUGGUUCUCGUCCCACCCCUCGUAAUCUUCUCAUUUCUGCUCAGUUUCUUCAUAAAGAGUUGCCCAUCAGGAUUGCCAGAAGGGCUAUUGAGCUUGACUCCCUCCCUUAUGGUUUAUCCAAUAAGCCUGCAGUCCUCAAGGUGCGAGAUUGGUAUCUGGAUUCCUUUAGUGAUCUUAGAUCCUUUCCAGCUAUAAAAGACAACCAUGACGAACUGGAAUUCACGCAGAUGAUCGACAUGAUUAAAGUAAGGCACAACAAUGUUGUUCCCAUGAUGGCUAUGGGAGUUCAACAGCUUAAGAAGGAUCUUAAACCCAAGGUGGAUUACGAGCAUUUUGAUGACAUUCACCAGUUUCUGGACCGCUUUUACAUGUCGAGAAUUGGGAUCCGCAUGUUAAUAGGACAACAUGUGGCAUUACAUGAUCCCAAUCCCCCUCCUGAUUGUGUGGGAUACAUACAUACAAAAAUGUCUCCUGUUGAAGUUGCACGAAGUGCCAGCGAAGAUGCCCGGUCCAUCUGUUUGAGGGAAUAUGGAAGUGCACCAGAUGUUAGUAUCUAUGGGGAUCCUAAUUUUACAUUUCCUUAUGUGCCAACACAUCUGCAUCUGAUGGUUUUUGAGUUGGUCAAGAACUCAAUGCGUGCUGUACAAGAACGGUUUAUGGACUCUGACAAGGUUGCACCUCCAAUACGAAUUAUAGUUGCUGAUGGUGCAGAGGAUGUUACUAUUAAGGUUUCUGAUGAAGGUGGAGGAAUACCAAGAAGUGGACUUCCAAAGAUUUUCACUUACCUCUACAGUACAGCGAAGAACCCUCUUGACGAGCACAUGGACUUGGAUCUUGGAUCCGGCAAUACAGCAACCAUGGCUGGUUUUGGAUAUGGACUUCCGAUAAGUCGCUUGUAUGCUCGGUAUUUUGGAGGGGAUCUGCAAAUUAUAUCUAUGGAGGGAUAUGGUACGUAGUUAUUGCAUUCCUUUAAUUGUUUUUGUAUCUUUUGUUUUGGAAGUAGAGACAUAAGAGACGCUACCAAAUACUAUUCUACGAAAAAGAAGAGCUGUGUAGGUCUGUGUUGUGUGGUGUUAGCAUAACUUGCAUCUGGGAUUGAAAUUAUGCGGGACAGUAUAAACUUCUAGUGCAGAUGAUAAAGAAUUCAGCUUGUUAAGCAAACUUGACGGAUCAUUUGCAUGAUAAAGAAUUAAAUGAAAUAGAAAUUUAACGUUUAGAAACAUUCAACCAACUAUUUCUUGGUCAGUUUUAUUUCUCAAAACUUUGUCACUUGUAUGGUGUUACUAAUCAUUCCUUCUGCAGGUACUGAUGCUUAUCUUCAUUUGUCUCGGUUGGGAGAUUCCCAGGAACCAUUGCCUUGAGUUUUUUUUUUAUCCAAGGUGAAUAAAGCUGUAGAAUUUGUACUGAACAGUAUUAACAUCCUAGCAAGUGCUAGAUUUAUGAUGUGCAGAUAUCCCAAUCUGGUAAGUUGUUACACCAACAGAUAGGGAACGAGAAUCUUUGCUACCAUUGAUAGAACUUUAAAUGGUGAAUCCACACUGUUGUAGGCUUGUAGCUAAGUUGUUCUGUGUAUGCUAUAUACAUCUGAAUUGACCCGUGGGCUUAUCAUUAUUCAGAGUAUUCACGGUAGACCAAAUGGUGUAGACACUAACACUAGUUAUCUCACUCUGACAAAUUUGCUCGGCCUUAGUUUCACUCAUAUUUGGGAAGGUAACCUUAACGAGG